UCUCGCGAUCGUCGGACCGCGCGUACGUAAAACGGGGAGGUUCUCGCCGUCGUCGUCGUCGUCACGCGCGUGGACGUUCCACGGAAGCCGGUCAGGACCGGCUCUUUCUCUCUCUUCCGCGUGGACGUUCCCACGGAAGCCGGUCAGGACCAGAUCUGUCUCUCUCUCUCUUCCGCGUGACCUAGUGCGCGAUCGCGAGCGUCUUCGCUCCCGAGGAACGAAAGCGGAUCCCGGGAUGCUCCGGAUCGUCCGACGAUCGGACCAGCGAUCGACCCUCGCGAUCUUGAGAUUCUUCGGGGAGCGACGGUGAUCUCGUAAGAGUUGUUCACGAAUGAAUGAAUCGGUUUUCCCGUGAUAAAAAAAUAUACAAACCUCUGACGAUAGAUUCAGCUUCUCCGAUUGUGUCUCUUCUUAUUUUUACCGGAACGCGGCGCCGAUGUAAAAUCAUAGGGAUGUUGGACGACGGUUUUUUUCCGCCAGUGAGGAAUGAAUGAAAAUUGGACGGCAAAGAGAGGACUCGAUCGUCUGAUGAGAGAGUGCGCGAAGGAUCGGGAUAACUCUGUGCAGCAAAGUGCGAGGGAAGUGGUGGUGGAGUAGCACGUCGGGGAUUAAAGGAGACGCAUUGGAAUGUUAAGGGCGGCCCUCGAUCGGCUCGAGCCGAGAGCGAGAGAAGCGGUCUCGUCUUUCCAACGCGAGGAUCGUCGAUGGCAAUCAUGUUGUGCAGGACGAGUCUCGUGAGGUGUGUCGACACAUUCUACGUCGGAUAGACGCGCAUUGUGCACGGGAAAGAAGAUGAUGGUCAUCUAAGAAUCCUCUCCGACGUGCGACGAGUCUUUGAGGAUGUGCAGUUCUGUGUUAAAGUGUCGGUGAGAGAGGAGCAGCCUCGCGUAUAUAUAUAUAUAUAUAUCUAUAUAUAUAUAUCUAUGAUUUCCUUUUCUUUCCUUUAUUGCGCUUUAUCUUACGGGAAAUCCGCACGAACGAUGUCAUAGCCGUCCGAAGUGCGAACUGUCUUCACGUCGGACACGAUGGCACUGUUGUUCGCCCUAAUCGUUAUUUCGAUCACUACUGCCAUGUCGCUGCCGCCGGUCAUUAGAAUCGGAGCGAUCUUUACCGAGGAUCAAAAGGAUAGCCCAUCGGAGUUAGCCUUCAAAUACGCCAUUUACAAGAUCAACAAGGAUAAGACUCUCCUGGCAAACACGACAUUGGUUUACGAUAUACAAUAUGUGCCUAAAGACGACUCGUUCCGCACGUCCAAGAAAGCCUGCAAGCAAUUAUCCAGGUCGGUACAAGGCAUCUUCGGGCCAUCCGACCCACUUUUAGGCGCUCACAUACAAAGCAUAUGUGAGGCUUUGGACGUUCCUCAUCUCGAAGCGCGGGUCGAUUUCGAGCCCACUUUUAAGGAGUUCAGCAUUAACCUAUAUCCCGCUCCAGAUCAUCUCAACAAAGCGUUCAAGGAUCUCAUGUCCUUCCUAAACUGGACCCGAGUGGCCAUUAUCUAUGAAGAGGAUUACGGGCUGUUCAAACUCCAGGAUCUCGUGAAAUCCCCGCCGUCCGUGAGAACCGAGAUGUACAUUCGUCAAGCGGGUCCUAGAUCCUACCGGCAGGUCCUGCGGGAAGUUAGACACAAAGAGAUCUUCAAGCUGAUCGUCGACACGGAUCCGGCGCACAUGCAACAAUUUUUUCGCGCGAUAUUACAGCUACAAAUGAACGACUACCGAUAUCACUACAUGUUUACAACCUUUGAUAUAGAAACGUUCGAUCUAGAAGACUUCAAAUAUAACAGCGUGAAUAUGACGGCCUUUCGCUUGGUGGAUCUGGAGGAACCCAAGGUUGCCGAAGUACUCAAGCAGAUGGAACGUUUCCAGCCAGCUAUUGGUUAUGCCAUUUUGAACAAAACGGGAGUCAUUCAGGCAGAACCAGCUUUGGUGUAUGAUAGCGUGCAGGUUUUCGCGCACGGUUUGGCAGCCCUGGACCGCAGCCACGAUUUAAGACCGGCGAAUCUGUCCUGCGAGAAAGAGGAACCUUGGGACGACGGUUUAUCACUUUACAACUAUAUUAAUGCCGCAGGCUUACACGGAUUAACCGGACAUAUCGAAUUCAAUGAAGGAAGCGAACCAACUUAA